AGAGUUUUGAAUCGUCCUGUGGUUACGGUUGUUGAUGGGUAAAUGCCCACCAAUCAGAGGGCAAAGAGUGUACGUUGCUAGGCAGAUUAUGUUAAUAUAUGCAAUACGACCAUCGCUGCAGCUACCAUUCUGAGUUGCACUUCAGUUUCUUUGUCCGCCAUUAAUUGAUGAUGAAGUUGACCGUGGUCAUUUCAAGAGGACUGCGGUGACGGUCGACCACCACCACGACGACCAUCUGCGUUGCCAUGGAAACCAAGUCAAAACCUCCUGCCGUGUGGAGUCAGUCCACGAACACAGAUUCGGCCGAUGCCACACAGGUUCACUUUGAAGGUGGCACGGUGGCCCAGAUUGUGUACAGCGGUGACUCUGGCGAUCAGGCGGAACGCGGGCAGCAGCAACAGGUGGUCUACACGGCCGACGGCAACUCCUACACCUCGGUGGAGUCGGCCGAGCACACGCUGGUUUACAUUCACCCUGCGGAUGGAACUCAAGCAGUGUUUGCAGAUCAACCUCAAGUCGCGUACAUCCAGCAGGAUGGCACGACUCAGCAGGUGGCGGUGUUGCUGCCGAGCGGGCAGAACAUGAAUGCCGCCAGUCUGCACGUCCUCAGCAAUGUGGCCGAGGCACCGCAGGCCACCUUGGAACCGGCAUCUCAGGAGCAACUGCCCGUGUCCGAUUCGCUAGCCGACAUGGAGCAGCCCCCAUCCAGCCCGCUCGGGGCCAUGGACACCACGGAUGACUCUGAAGAAGACAACGAUGAUGAAGACGAGGAUUCGGACACAGACGACUGGGAGCCUCGUCAGCGCUUCAACCCUCACAACCUCUGGUGCGAGGAGUGCAACAACACCAAUCCCUCGGAGUGUUUGAACCACGGGGCCCUCCACCCGAUCCCCAACCGGCCGGUGAUGUCCAGGGCCCGCGCCAGUCUGCCUCUGGUCCUCUACAUCGACCGCUUCCUGGGCGGGGUCUUCUCCAAGAGGCGCAUCCCCAAGCGCACCCAGUUCGGCCCCGUGGACGGAGCCCUGGUGGCCCAGAGCGAGCUGCAGGACAACUACUUUCACCUGAAACUUUGCGUGCUGGACUCUGAAAAAGACGGCGAGAAGUCAGAAGACACGUGGCUGGACUUGUCUGACGAAGACAGCUGCAACUGGAUGAUGUUUGUGCGGCCCGCCCAGAACCACCUGGAGCAGAACUUGGUGGCGUACCAGUAUGGCGCCGACAUCUUCUACACCACCAUCAAGAACAUCGAACCCAAGCAAGAGCUCAAGGUGUGGUAUGCAGCGUCCUAUGCUGAGUUUGUCAAUCAGAAGCUUCACAGCGUUACAGAAGAAGAGAGAAAAGUUCUGCGGGAGCAGGAGAAGAACUGGCCGUGUUACGAGUGCAGCCGGCGUUUUGUGAGCUCUGAGCAGCUCCAACAGCAUCUCAACCUGCACGACAACAUGAUCUACUCUGUUGGCAGGUCCAGAGGGCGUGGCCGGGUCAGGGGCAGGAAGCGAUUUGGGACAGGGAGAAGGCCGGGGCGACCGCCUAAAUUCAUACGUUUGGAUGCGCCGCUUGAAGAUGAUGUGGGCAAGACGACGACGGAGAUGCCAGAGCUGACCGAGGCGCAGCCACCGGACGAGCCAACGGAGGCGGCUCACAACGGCGUUGAGACGACGGCGUCCGAACCUGACACCGAGGCAGACGGCCAAACGGUCUCCCCGGCGCCGGAUCCCGUUUCGACCCUGCCUGCCGAUGUGGACGUGCCGCUCCCGACCAAGGAGGACCCUGUGCGGAAGGAGCAGUCGGAUGCUCAGCUCUCGUCACCGGAGGUGCGGCGCUUGAAAAAGAUGCGGAACGCAGCGCUGCAGCAUCACUUCAUCCGCAAGAGCUUCCGCCCCUUCAAGUGCAAACACUGUGACAAGGCCUUCCGCGACAAGGACAAGCUGGAGCAGCACUUGCGCGUGCACGGCCGCGACACCUUCGUCUUCCCGUGCCACCUGUGCAGCAAAACCUUUGUGACUGACACGGCACUGGACGACCACCUGCUGGUCCACACCGACAACCGCUCGUACGCUUGUCUGCUGUGCGCCGAGACCUUCGACAGGCUGGACGUGCUCAGGGACCACAUCGAGAUGCACUCCGUCGACGGCGUCUUCACCUGCCCGUCCUGCAAGAAGACCUUUCCCGACUUCAUCCAGGUGAAGAAGCACAUCCGCUGCUUCCACUCCGAGAAGAUCUUCCAGUGCCCCAACUGCGACAAGGCCUUCUGCCGGCCCGACAAGCUGCGCCUGCACAUGCUGCGCCACUCUGAUCGCAGGGACUUCCUGUGCUCCACCUGUGGCAAGCAGUUUAAGAGGAAAGACAAGCUGCGGGAGCACAUGCAGCGGAUGCACAAUCCCGAACGGGAGGCCAAGAAAGCCGAGCGCAAUCAGCGCUCCAAAAGCCACAAAAUGAAGACGCCCACCACCGACUUUGAGAGCUUUAUGUUCAAAUGCAGACUAUGCAUGAUGGGAUUCCGGCGCAGAGGAAUGCUGGUGAAUCAUUUGUCCAAGCGUCACCCCGAGAUGCGCGUCAACGACGUCCCCGAGUUGACGCUGCCCAUCAUCAAGCCCAACCGGGACUACUUCUGCCAGUAUUGUGACAAGGUGUACAAGAGCGCCAGUAAGAGAAAAUCGCAUAUACUGAAGAACCACCCGGGAGCCGAGUUGCCGCCCAGCAUCCGCAAGUUGCGCCCGGCCGCUCCCGGCGAGCCCGACCCCAUGCUGACCACGCACACUCAACUGGCCGGCACCAUCGCCUUCGCGCCCGUCUGCUGCCCGCACUGCGACAAGCAGUACAGCAGCAAGACGAAGAUGGUGCAGCACAUCCGGAAGAAGCAUCCAGAGUUUGCUCAGCUCACCAACACCAUCCAAGCGCCCCUGGCAACGGCCGUCAUCACCAGCACGCCUGCCGUCAUCAGCACGGACAGCGCCUCCGCUGAGGCGGUCGUGACCACCGACUUGCUAACGCAGGCCAUGACGGAGCUCUCCCAGACGCUGACUACCGACUACAGAACACCGCAAGGAGACUACCAGAGGAUCCAGUACAUCCCCGUGUCCCAGGCAGGAAGCACCUUGUCCCAGCCGCAGCACAUUCAGCUGCAGGUGGUCCAGGUGGCGCCGGCUUCCUCCCCGCACUCUCAGCAGCAGACGGUGGAUGUGGGCCAACUGCACGACCCGCACGGCUACAGCCAGCACUCCAUCCAGGUGCAGCACAUCCAAGUCACCGAGCCCUCGGCUUCUGGGCAAGCUGUCGCCCAGGUGAGUGGUCAGCCACAAAGCCCCAAUUCCCAACAGACAAAUCAGGAGCUGAGCCCGGCCCAGCUGACCCCUGUGACGCUGGCUCAGAACCACAGUCUUCAGGGCAGCGGGACGCCUCAGCAACAACAGCAGCAGCAGCAACAACAGCAGCAGCAGGGAGCAGUGCAGCACGCCUACAUACCUGGGAACUGGAACUAUCGAGGUUAUCCAGCCUCCGAGAUCCAAAUGAUGACACUGCCCCACGCUCAGUACGUCAUUGCCGAGGCCGCUACGCCGGUGACUGGAGCCACCAGCAACCAGGUGAAAACGACGCAUUACGUCAUCUCCGAAGGUCAGACGGAGCUGGACGGCAAAGCUUCAGGUGCCGUCAGCUCAGGUCCGAACCAUGGCGAACACUUGGAGCCGUCGGCGCGUCAGCAAGCCUCCACACAGUAUAUUAUCACCGCCACCACCAAUGGGAGCGGCGCCAGCGAGCUCCACAUCACCAAACCCUAAACCCCCCCCCCCCUGAACUUUGACCCCCUCGCUUCUAAUCCACUAAUCCUGCCCAUUGGCAGUUUUGGAGCAAAUGAAGACUCGAUGAAUUUAGGAGGCAAGAUGAAGACCAGCACAGUUUUAUGUGUUUGUAAAGUGUAAUGUUGUUGUCGAUGUGUCAUACGCUGCUAGAAAAGUCAACAAAUGACAAGUCUCAAAAUUAUUUUCAGCUUUCCAAACAUCAACUCCCGCCUAAGUAGGGGGAAAAAAGAACUUAUGUUUUUGGAAUACCCCAAAAAAGUCACUUAUUUGUAAACGAAAACAGAAAAUGAAGACCUUCCAAUUUAA